AUGGAGACCGGCUAUCAUAAAGCUUUCACUAUUCAAACUAAAUAUAAUAUUUGGGAGGAAAUCUUAAAAGAAAAUGACAUAAUGCAGCAGAAAUAUACGUCUCAACAGCAAGUAAUCAAUAAAGAGCCAAUCGAGGUCAUCCCUUUCGAUCCAGCUAAAGUCACACCAGUCAUGCAUGGUCAAAGUUGUGAACCUAUUUAUGAAGCCAAUCAAGCAGAUGAACUAUUUGGUAGGUUUAAUCCGGCCAUCAUUCAUCCAGCUUUUGCUGGCUAUAGGGAAAUAAUCGAGCAAGAGGAUGAAAAGGUUUCUCAGCUGUCUGUUGAACUACCAGAUUCCAAAACGUGUCCUCCCAAGAUAUAUCUUGAGACGUAUAUAUUUCCAGUUUUAAUGCCUGCACUGAGGAAUUUGAUAUUACAGGCAAAGAAAGACCGUGCACUAGAGAGAAGGCGAACUAAACUUAAUGCCUUGGAAUGGCUGACGGAGUAUAUUUAUAAAAAUAAUCCUAAUUACAAAGAAGAAAGAGAAAAUAUAGCUUUAGAUGAUAUUCCAUUCGUGAAGGAGGUGUUAGAAAAACACCCAAGACCACCACUUCCACUGUCUUUACUGCUGAGUGAUGAUGAAGCUGCAACUAUCGUCCAGUCCGCAUUCAGAGGAUAUUUGGUUCGUCGUGAUGCUGAAGUGCAAGAGCUACGACAAUAUCAACGUGAAAUGAAAGAAAUUCCUAAGGACAAAAUUAUAUAUGAACCAGUAGACUAUUGGCUUGAAAAUGGUGGUAAAGAUAAAAAAAAUAAUGCAGAAUCGUAA